AAUCGGAAGAGAUACAAAGUCAAAUUCCAAAGAGUUAAUUAAUAGCAAAUCUUGGAAACUUUCUUUUCUUCCCCGCCGCCCGUGUUUCUAUAUUGGAAUUUCGAAUUUCCAUCUGAAUGAGAUAAGGUAUCAGAGAUAUCUCGUACCAAAAGAUACACUGACAUCAUAUUCCUUCAUCCAUCCAUUCAUCCUGUUGCUGUGAAUGAAUGAUUGAUCCAUCAACAAAUUCACACAAUUCACUUCGAUCGAGAUAAGCUCAAGUCAAGGAGAGAACCUCAAGUCAAGUCAAGUCAAGUCAAGUCGCAAAGGAAAAACAGACAUACACACAGACAUACCGCAAAAACAAAUAGUAAUCGCGCAACACGACGAAACCAAAGACUUGACAAUACCACACCAUACAAUACCACACGCCCACACACACACGCAUACAACUUCAUACACGUCGCCACCAAGAAUCAUCCAGAUCACUGAGCAUUCUUUUCAAGUAUCAAGAAAUCAAUCAAUAAAGAACAACGACAACAUCAACAACAACCACAACCACAACACAACACAACAACGCAACAACCACACAACAAUAACGCGACUAGUAAGAACUUUACAUCAAGGAAUAAAUCUACCCGCCACCAAGAUACAUAACAACCCCGAUCCAACAUUCAACACCACCCAACCCACACUUCCACACUACUGCGAACGCCCAUAUUACCAAUUCAUCCUAUAGGCGAACGUCUCUUCCACUAUUGACACUCUCAAGUCCUUUAAAGAGUCUUCCCACCUUCGUCAUUAUAUCGUCAUCAUCGUGUAUCCUGCACCUGCAAUACGAUACGAAUUAACGACAUUUGUUACCCAACCUCUUUUGAUAUCCUCCAUCUCGACGGCUUCAAGGGUAAUCCAUUACGUCGUCGUUCAAUAUCUUUUACUUUUUCUUUUCCUUACUAGUCAUCCUCUCUUCGACAUUUCAUCAUCAUGCCGACCUUUUCCAAGAUCGGCAGUAGUCCUGUAGAGGAAAAAUUUCUACCACCAGUCGCCGACUCAACAGUACCAGAUAUCACGGUGAAGCCCGUUCAGUUGGAUGUCGGCCGACAACUCCCAAACAUACCUGUACCUCCACAAAACAACAUUACCGAUUACUUAUCAAAGCGAGCGUUGGCGAAUAACUCGCACGAAGAGGAAGAAAAUCCUUUCGACUCACAAUUUGGAGGGGGUCCGGUGAAAUCAAAUCUACCUGCCAAAACUCCUGGUGGGACCUUGUUACCUUCUAUUCAAGCUUUACAAUCAGCAUCUUCGCCUGGCUUUGGCUUGAGUGGAUUGAGGUCUGGUCCGUUAAGUCCUAAUAUGCUCACCGGUCCUAAAGAACCUGCCGAAGAUUACUUCUCCGCAGAUCAUACUUUGAUCAGUGAUGGUCCGAGAGGUUACACUCCCGUAACAUCUGACUUGAGGGGUAUGCAUUCAAGGGUGUUACCAACUCCAAGUCCUGGUGGAUAUAGUUUUGGGGCUGGAGCGGUGCAAACACCGGGGUUGGCUGAAUUCCAACGAACCGCCAUUCAAGCGGCGAGUCUUGCUGCCCAACAACAGAGGGACAUGAAUGUCACUUCACAACCUCAACAACACAACGAAGAUAAUCAUAAUGUCAUGAGUAACUAUCCUGACAACGAUUCUUUGAAUGCCGCCGCAAGUCUUCAAUUGUUGACUCAAACUUCCGCCUCGUCACGCGACUCUUCACCACAUCACAAUCUCGCCUUGGGUCAAUCAAGGCAGCCACCAUUCUCUGCACAACAACACAUCUUGAAUCGCAAUCAUCAAAUGUUGAAUCAAAAUAUGCAACCCGUUCAAACUAAUGGUCAGGUACCCGGUCGACCAAACAAUCAUCCUUUGACAAAUGGCCAUUCUGGAACGAGGAAUAAUUCUAUUCACUCAAAUUCAAUGAGCCCUCCAAGUAAUGGUAAUGGUCUUCCGUAUGAUAAUGACAUGAGUGGUCAAAAUGGUCAAGGAAAGAAGAGAGCAGCCACCAAGAGGAAAGCAAGUACCAACAAAACUCCACCAAAGAACAACAAGAGGACGAAAUCUCAAAAGGGUAGUGAUGAUUCGAAACCAGAAGAAUUCACCAAUGAAGACCUAGAUAAUAUGGAUGAUCAACUUGAAUUUGAAGAAGAAGAGAAUAAUAACAACCACAAUGGCAAACCAAAGAAACCAGAGACUGAAGACGAAAAACGAAAAAGUUUCCUCGAACGAAACAGGGUUGCUGCUCUCAAAUGUAGACAGCGUAAGAAGCAAUGGUUGAACAACUUACAAAGUAAAGUCGAUUCGUACACCAACGAAAACGAGACUCUUCAUCAAAAAGUUCAACAAAUGGCUCAUGAAAUUAUGCAACUCAAAACCAUGCUUUUCGCUCACAAAGAUACUCCUAUUGGUAUUCAACAAGGAAUUGCACAAUAUAUCGUUCCUCCUCUCUACGAUGACAUGCCACCAAUGCAUCAAUCACAAAAUCCCUAUGGUUUAGGUACAAUGCCACCAUCUCAAAAUCCUAAUAUGUAAUAGACCUAUGGUCUUUACAUUUUCACUCGCAGUUCUGGAUUAUCAAAGGGACAAUACAUUCGCUUGGCUUUUCGAUCACCUUUAGGUUGUACAUUAAAAAAAAAUUCUUCUUUCGAUUGUACUUCAUAUAUCAUUGGGAUCUAAAACUCCAGUUCGCUUUUCCUCUGGCUGAAAGUAAAGCAUAUUGGUAUGAUCUUCUUGACAUCACCCUUUUCUUCCUUUAUACAUAUUCUACUCUUACCUCUCUAAUAUUCCAUGGACGGAUUUCAAAAUCCGGGGCCGAAUUCUUUUUUCAAAAAAUUCAUGAUUACAAUGGAAAUAAACUCAUGCAUGAUGGGGGCGUAUAUCUAUGCAAAAGGCGCUAGGAGGGGGUGGAAGGUUUUGAUAUGGUCACCAUAAUUAAUGGUUUGGCAAAAGUACACGCAUACAUGACGAAGAAUGAGAAGAUUCCAAGUUCAUGGUUGGGAGGCGCAUGAGGAAUUUGGGAAAUGGGGUGUUUUUGGAAUGUUUUUUGUUGGCUCCCCUUUUCUCUUCUUUGAUUGAAAGAAAGGAGUCGGUUUUUGUUUCAUAUUCUUUUCUUGGUCUCCUGGAAAUGAAAUGAAAUGAAAUGAAAUGAAAUGAA